AUGUUAUCACCUCCACAAACAAAUGCUUCGAAUAAUUUAUUUAAUUUAAAUCAUCCAUUUACAUUAAUAACACAACCAAUAUUAGGUGCAAGAUCAAGAAAAAAAGAUAAAAUCGAUUCAAUAACGAAUACGCGUCGUAAUUCAUAUCAUGAUUCAUCCGUUUUAUCAAUUCAUGGAUUAGAAAAAUCUCAAUUUGAAAAUAAAAAUACUUAUCAUAAAUCACUUGAUUCGGGUAUUGAUCUUCCUUUAUCAACAGAUUUAUCUGCUCAACAUAUAACUAUACAUCGACCAUUAAGUACAUUGAAUGAAAAUGUUCAUAUAAAUGAUAAUAAUCACGAACAAUCCAUUCGAAUUCCAAAUCUAAAUUUAGUACGAAAUCAUUCUGUUGAAAAUCUUAUUAAGAAAAAUAUACAUGAACAACAACAACAACAUCAUUCAAAUUCAUUAUUUAACGAAAAAGAAAAGAUUAAUCAUGAUACUCGUUUAAAUACAUUGAAAGAACUUCAUCAACAAACAAAUACACAUUCAUUGACUCAACAACAUCGUUCACCAAAUAAUAUAAAUAUUAAUUCUAUACAUACAAUUACUCGAAAACCAAAUAGACCAUUAUUAAAACAAAUAAAACAUAAAAUAAAUUCAAAUAUUAUUAUCGAACCAUCAAUACCAACAUCAUCAUCACAUCUUACUAAUAAUAAUAAUGAACAAAGUCAUUCAAUUACUAGAAUAACAAACAAUCAACAUAUUAAACCAAAAGCAAUAGCACCAAUUGAUCAUAAUUCAAAUCAAGAACAACUAAGAGCCCAUAUUAAUCGAUCAAUUCUAGAUAGACAAUAUCCAUUGUAUUCACGUAUACCGCCACGAAGAAAUUCGAAAAAAUCAAUAACAUCUUUAGAUAAUUCAUUAUCAAAAGUUAAUAAUCGUUCAUCGAGACAACAAAAACAAUCAACUAAUAUUAUUCAUUCAAAUACAAAUAUUCCAGAAGAUGUUUCUACAAUACAAAAAUUAAAUUUAGUCUCACCUCGUCAAACAAAACAAAUUUUACCUGUAACAUCCAAUGAAAAAAAUAUUAAUAGUUAUCAAGAAAAAAGACGAUUAAAUCAAAAACAAUCUCCUAGAGAUCGAGUUCAAAUUGAACAAACAAUAAAUCCACAUCAUAUUAUUAUAUCAAAUAAAAAUCAUCAAGAAAAAAUAAUCUCAUGUGAUAUAAAUAAAAAACAACGAAUUGAAGAAAAUCAAAUCAGUUCUUUUCUUACAAGUACGCCACGUUAUUAUUGUGAAAUUGAAAAUGAUUAUAAAAAUAAUCGACAACGACAAUUUAUCAAUAAAACAGAUGAGAAAUUUAAAUACAAUCAAUCAAAUAGUACAACAUUUCCAAAACGAACUAUUAAUAAUUUAAAUCGACGACAACAACAACAAUCUACGGAUAUCAUACAGAAAUCAAAAGCAAAUGAACAUAUUAAUGGAAUAAAAAAUCGAAUAAUUCAUCCAAAUAAUGAUUGUAGUGAAACGGAAGAUUUUCGUCGAAAUACUCUUAUUCCUUUUCGAACGCGCUUAACAAGAGAAAAUCGAAUACCGAAUAUUCAAUGUCAUAUGGAACAAACUCAUCAUAUCAAUCAAAAAGAAAAAAUAUCAGAUGAAUCUAUGAAUACUUUAUUACGAACUACUCGAAUUCAUCCAACAAAUACGAAUAAUAUUCAACAAGAAGGAAGAAAAUAUCGAAUUAAUAAUACAUCAAAAAUAAAUUCAAUACAAAUUGAUAAAAAACGAAAAAAAUCGAAUAAAUUUUUGCAAAAAAAAUCAUCAAUAUCGAAGUCAAUUAUAUCAAAUCAAAAACUUAAUUUACAACGAUAUGAUCCUUCUGAAUCAUUAAAUUCAUCGUAUCAUGAGUCAAUCGAUAAUAAAUUGAAUCUUACCUAUCGAUUAGUUGUCAUUAAUGAACAACAACCUCUUCAAAGAAGACUUAUUAUUCCAACUGAGAAUUCUGAAUUUCUCCCAAUAACAAAUGCUUCUUCUCAAACAUCUUCUCAUCAUACAUAUCCAUUUACUUAUACAACAAAUUCUUCUAAUAUUAACAAUGGUAUUAUGGAUAAAUCAUUACAUGAACUAACAACUUCGAAUAAAAGUGAAAAUAUUAUUGAUCAUCGAGAUUCUUUAAUUCUGUCACAUGACAGACUUUCUUUAUCAUUGGGAAAAAUUACAAAUUCAAAAGAAGAUGAUGAUAUAUCAACAAAUGAUGGAUGGAGUGAUGACUCCAUUGAAAUUAUAUAUAUUGAUGAACAUUAUAUAUCACAAAAAAAUUAG